UGACUCGCGAGCGCGCAAAAAUUGACUCGCGAGCGUGUAAAAAUUGACUCGCGAACGUGUGUUAAUUGACUCGCGAGCGUGUGAAAAUUGACUCGCGCGCGUGUUGGAUUCACUCGUGCGUGUAAGAAUUAACCCGCGAUGGAUGUGCUGCUGGUUUUGUGAAGUGUUGUUCCGUGGUUUCGAGUUUCUCUGUUCGUUUGAUCUUCGCGCUGACUCCUCUGGGGGCGCUCAAAACGGGACGAUGUCCUAGGACGUCCAAAAAAAGUCUGUGCGAUGAUGUACUCACCCGAGAAGAUGAUGUCGACGAAGCCACCCUUGCCUAUGAGCGGUCCGGGGACCUGCUUCCCGGGCAGGUACUCGCCUACCUACCGCUCGCCAGACCCCAUGAGGAGGUGUAUGCCAAACCCUAAUGGUGGUCGAGAAAGAACCUAUUUAAAAUUAGAAACAAGCGCUCAGGAUUCAAUUAGUCGUAUUUUAGAAGAUGCCUCGCUCGUCUGUAAUUCUUGGUCGCCGCGGCAUAACGGUGAUCUUUUCGGAGGGCUCAAUGACGGCCUGCUCAGCAGAGCGGAGGCACUGGCCGCGGUGGACAUGGGCAAACACCAAACAGGGUCGGGGCCCGGACUGCCUCAGCUCAAACAUGACGUCAUGUACCACCACGGGAUGGGUAACCCUCAUCCAGGGGGUCCCAACACCAGGCCGCACCAGAUGGGUCAUCCGGGGAUGGACGGCCUGGACAUGCUGGACCCGAUUUCCUCCUCGGCGAUGACGACGCUGACCCCGAUGUCGGACGGCGGUGGCGGACACGGCCACCCCCAGCUCCACACGCCCUCCAUGUACCCGAUGAACUCGAUGAUGCAGGGCCACCACCAUCACCACCACCACCACCACGGCGCCCCGCCGCACCACCACCACCCGGCGGCCCACCACCCGGGCAUGCCCACCCCCCUCCAGCACCCCGACUCGGACACGGACCCCCGCGAGCUCGAGGCCUUCGCCGAGAGGUUCAAGCAGCGACGCAUCAAGCUCGGUGUCACGCAGGCUGACGUAGGCAAAGCACUAGCGAACCUGAAACUCCCCGGCGUCGGGGCUCUAUCGCAGUCGACGAUCUGCAGGUUCGAGUCGCUGACCCUCUCGCAUAACAACAUGAUCGCGCUGAAGCCGAUCCUGCAGGCGUGGCUGGAGGAGGCGGAGGCCCAGGCGAAGAACAAGCGGCGGGACCCGGACGCCCCGAGCGUGCUCCCGGCCGGCGAGAAGAAGCGGAAGCGGACCUCCAUCGCGGCCCCGGAGAAGCGCUCGCUCGAGGCCUACUUCGCCGUCCAGCCGCGGCCCUCCGGCGAGAAGAUCGCCGCCAUCGCCGAGAAGCUCGACCUCAAGAAGAACGUCGUCCGGGUGUGGUUCUGCAACCAGCGGCAGAAGCAGAAGAGGAUGAAGUUCGCCGCCCAGCACUGACAAAUGCACUGCUCGUAGACUCGCGCGCAGCCCGAGGCCGAGUACUCGGGAGCCUAGAUUAGGUGAAUCCAUGACUCACGCACUGCUCGUAGACUCACGCGCAGCCCGAGGCCGAGUACUCGGGAGCCUAGAUUAGGCGAAUCGAUGACUCACGCUAUGUCGGGCUUGGCUACUCGAUGACUCACGUACUGCUCGUAGACUCACGCGCAGCCCGACACCGAGUACUCGGUAGCCCAGAUUAGGUGAGCGAUGAACGGCGAUGCGUCAUCGAUGACUCACGCUAUGCUGGGCUCGGCUGUUCCAUGACUCACGCACUGCUCGCAGAUUCACGCGCAGCCCGACGUCAAGUACUCGGGAGCCCAGAUUAGGUGGACAAUGAACGUCGAUGUGUCAUCGAUGACUCACGCUAUGCUGGGCUUGGCUGCUCCAUGACUCACAUGCAGACUGAAGCCGAGUACUCGGGAGCCCAGAUUAGGUGAGCGGUGAACGCCGAUGUGUCAUCGAUGACUCACGCUAUGCUGGACUCGACUGCUCAAUGACUCACGCACUGCUCGUAGACUCACGCGCAGCCUGAGGCCGAGUACUCGGGAGCCCAGAUGAAGUAAGCGCCGAACGCCGAUGCGCCAUCGAUGACUCACGCUAUGCUGGGUUCGGCUGCUCCAAGACUCACGCACUGCCGGAAUGAUGUCCUGAAUAAUGUUCAUUCUCAUCGCAUCAGCUUACGCUCCGAUGGAGCGAGCUGUUUCUUGACUCAUGCUCUGUUGGAUAAAAUGCUCCUAGGCUCACGAUCGACAGGCUGAUUAUUAAAAUUGAUCGACAAAGCGAAGCAUGUUUUCGGUUGGGCUCCUCCCGGGAGGAGACAUGGACGACUGGUGAAUGGUUGACGACAAGGAGUGGAGGAGGAGAUCCGGAGGUUCAUUCCAGCUCCUCCUCAUUCCCAGCCAGCCCGUUUCAGCAAAUGCUCGCUUUUUCUUACUCUGGCGUUUAAGUCUCCGGGAGGGUCUACUUAACGCCUUUGAAUAAUCAGCUGAUCCAAAACUCGGUUGAAACGAGCUUGAUAGCAAAUCACGCUCUGAGAGAGUCAAUUACUCCGUGGCUCACACCGUGAAAGUCAGUUGCUUCGUAACUCACGCACUGCUAAAAGAACUGCUCUAAAACUCUUACAGCUUGAACCCUGAUUGAAUAAGCUGACUGAUGACUUACGCUCUGUUACACCAGCUGAUCCACGACUCUUGCUCUGGAGAAACCAUGUAAUGACUCAAGAAGAAAUUGGUCAAGGCGUCGGAAUGGGUGGGUCGAUGACUUAAAGGCUCAGCAGAGAUGGGCUACUUGUUUAGUAAAUUCUGCCUGAAGUUUGAGUAGAUCGCGGCUGAACCUUCUUAUUGUUAGUUCUUUUGGAAUGAGAGGAGAUUUACAUUGCUAACUGAGAAUAAUAGCUUCAUUCUGAGUAUUUAGAAGAUGGACAUGUUAUAUGUAGAAACGUUACUUUGCAGAAGCUUUCUUGGAAUCGGAGUUUAGUAGUUGCAUCAUGCUGAGUAUUGUGCGGCUGGAGUAAGCUACUCAUGCUUCUGGAGAUCACCGUGAGUCAAUGGCGAUUCUUGAAAGUUGGCAACACUGUAUUUCUUCCACAUUUUGGAUAGAUAUAAAUGGAAGAAAGACAAUGUUGCCAUCUUGCAAAAUCACCACUGCCGUGAAUUAUCACGCUGGAAUGAUAAUUAAUUUACCUCUGCUUGAGUUUCAGCAUUGCUUUCGAUCUUACAAUUAGCAGAAUCAAGCUGUUUGACAAGUCAUGCAAGCUUUGCAUAAUUAAACUAGAUCAAUUUGAACUUUACUGGUAUUCUCAGUUUGUUUGUGUGGAUGAGCCAUUCAGUGCUCCUUAUUCAGACGUUGAGCUCAAGUUCAAAAUUGCAAUAAUGACGUUCAAAAAGGUAUCUAUGUUUUUUACUGUAUUUCGUGCAUGCUAAAGAGGUUAAUUAACGCAUAUCAUAGAACAUUCACGCCGUAAGGUCUUUCAUCUACCUUCUGAUUGAGAACUAUGUACCUACACAACAAUAGCAAAGAUUUAAACAACUGUAAAAAAUAGCAUCUUCACGUCGACGGAGAAAGUAAAUAACCCUUAUUCGAUGAUUUUAACCUUGCUCAGAUCAACCCUUUUCUUUGUAAAGUAUACGACCAAACAAUUGCCAAUCAUCCUAUUUCAUUAAUUUACCAAGAUCUAGUCUUCAAUAGUCUAGUCAACGUUUAUUAGAAGUUAAGUUUAAUGAAUACAAAUCCUGGAAGUGUGGUUGUGUUUUUUGAGAAAGCAAAACCGAGAUCCAAAAAUGUCCAGAUAUGGUGUAACACCCCUUCAUACCCUGUUCCUUCUUAUAUGAUGC